AUGCCUGUGGAUGCCGAGUCGGGGUUCAUCUGCCGGUACAGCAUGGACGGGACUACGGCUGGAAUCCCAAUGAUUGUCCCGAAUUGGGCGUCGGCUGAGAUAGCUUCGACUCACAUGCCAAGGGAUCCCUGCACAGUAUACUUCGAGAGAGCUCCUCGAAAGAAUGGAAGUGGAACGGGAGGCCCCUUUCAAUUCCGAUGGAUUUUCCGGGCCGAAUAG